GCUUGUUUCCAGCUGGGAGCUAAUGAGUGGGGUUAAGGAGAUCUUACCUGACAGCGUAAAGACGACUUAAAAUCAGAUUUUCCUGUCAAAUUAGGCGAGACCGUGAAGCGGGUCAGACAUGUUUGCAACAACGACGACAGACAACCGCCGCGAUGGCCCUGAGGGGGACGAAAAGUCCUCACAGACAACCGCAACAACGGAGUACUGCGCAAAGUUGCAGCAGUGGAUGUGGCAGUAUUACUGGGGGUACGCUAACUGGCAGAGCUGGCUUGCUAUGUCAGCCUAUCCCUUCCCUCCUCCGUGUGGUUUCCCUACGCCGGGGAACAGCGAUCAGACACCCGGUGCACACGCUACGACCUCCGGCAUUGGGCAGCAGGCUUACGACGCGCUGAACCGGUACAGUUACCCGUAUCCCCUCGGUUUCCCUGCAUCCUACCCUCAUCCAGGUGGCCCCCACACGGAGCAGACCUCCGAUACCGAUGCCCGGCCAGCCCAGCUGCAGAAUGGGAAUCCACCUCAGGCAGGACGGGAGUACACCAUCCCCUCUCCUCUCCUGAGGUUCCUCGCUGAGACAGUGGACUUCUUUAUCCUGUUUUGUGUGAAAGCCACCAUUGUGCUGUGGAUCAUGCAUCUGAGUGGAAUGAAGGACAUUACCACAUUCAUCACCCACUUCAUUGUGGAGGAGAUAGACGAGAACACGUCCAUGGAGGACCUGCAGAAGAUGAUGGCUGUAGCUCUCGUCUACAGGGUGCUAGUCUGCGCCUACGAGACCAUCUGUAUUUGGGGCGCUGGUGGGGCCACACCGGGGAAGUUCCUGCUCGGCCUGCGGGUGGUGACGUGUGACACAUCCACUCUGGUCCGACCAAACAGAGUCCUCGUGGUCCCGGCUUCUAAAGUCUCCCUCUCUGCCUCUACAGUGCGGGCCCUCAAUAAGAACUUCUCCAUUGCUUUCCUCUUUCCCGUCUUCAUCACUCUCCUCUUCUUCCAGCACAACAGGACUGUGUAUGACAUUGUGGCAGGGACCAUUGUAGUCCAGCGCAGAGGGGGCAGAUAGCCUCUCCUCGGGCAGCGCACACUCUCUCAUAUUUGACAAGAGUAAUGAAAAUGGCGCUACAGGCCCGUUUGUGCCGAGUGUCUUUUCAAAGUUAAACCGGUCACAAAUGAACUACCGACAAAAGCGAUGCACUGGCCCAUUUCUUCACUGGAUCAAACAAGGACUGCACUUUAAAAUUCGAUGCGUACGGGUUUAAGCCUGGUUUGCUGGAAUCAAAAGAAUCCCGCUUUACAUCUUUUGGUGUGAGUGUCUUUUUUGUUUGUUUUUACCACAGAAUCAACAAAUAAGCUGUCAGGAAACCCUCUUAAGUAUUGUGAUUUUUGCAAAAUAUGUUCAGCUGUAAAGGGUGCUGUCUCAUAUGAUGUGAAUCUUUAAAAUAUGUGCUAUGUCAUAAUAUACUGCUUAUUUAUUUUUGUGACUUUAAAGUCUUUUAUUUGUAGGGUUCAAUUAUUCAUCUUUUACAAACAGAAACAUAUGCCAUCAGAACAAUUUGACACAUUUUUAUACUCGCAACAAGAGUUCCACACAUAAGGGCUUUACAUUUUAAGAUUAAACAUUAUUAGCUUCUAAAAGCAGCAUUGUUCUUUUAUGCAUUGUUCUUUUCUUCAAGGUAAUAAUGGCGAAUCAAUUGUUUGGUUUGCUAAUAAUUCUUUGUUUUACGUUUUAAUUAUUCUUAAGCACUCGGACUGAGGAAAAAUAAUGCCAGGCUUAUUUGUACCUGUUCUUUGUGCCUUUUAGAUAUGCUGAUGAUGAAGUAUUGGUUUGUUAUUUGAAAUGGGGCGAUAACUUUUCUCCCCGGUCUGUGUGGUUCAAACAGAAGAAAUGGUGUUCGUGAAUCCCCUGCUCAUAUAUUCUGUCUUCAGACUUGUGACUCA